GUUAAAUGUCAGAGCUGUUUAUUUUUAUUUAUUUAUUUUUUUUACAUGAAAAUAUACAUUCAAUAAAAUAUGAAAAACCGAAAGUGGUAGCAUGGGGUAUUUAACGUAACCUAUGCGCAGGAUAAUGGUAAUUCAAAUAAAUUUAUUGAUAAGCGUCAUCUAGUGCUCAUCUAGUAACCCUGAAGUCACUGGAGCUAGAGGUUUGACUCUAGUUCUCCGGGUGGGGUGUUUGAUCUCCCGCUCUACUCUCCGUCCCCUACAGGAUCUCUACCCACAUUGCGUAUCUUGCAAGUGCAGAUGCAAAAUGCAGCUGUAAUCAGACGGCAUUAAGACCCGGCGCUGGUCAGAGGCCGACAUUCCGGCACAUUGUAAAGAAGCCCGUGUCGUCGGAGCACAGCCUCGGACACCUUUCAUAAACGCUUUUCAUAAGUCGGGGAGUGGCGAGCAGCGUCAGCCGGGCUUUGCGCUCAGGUGCGCCCGAGCGAAGGUGGGAACCGCACCCGGCGAAGAAGCCCUAAGCUCCUGCGCCCCCCAGCGCGCUCAGCCGCGAAUCGGGGGAAUGAGUUUCAUCGGUGGUUGGAGAGUCAGCCUCAGGAAAAAUGACGGUAAAAGGAGUCCGGUGCCAGCUGGUAAACCCACCGGCAGUCCCACCCCGCCAGCCAGGUUGUCCGUCAUAAACUGCAAAGAACUCGACCCGGUCAUACCUGAUGUCAAGCUCCCAUUUGCGGACGGCGGUGAUGUUCCCGGCGUCACAUCUCCAGCUGAAGGGUUACAGCAGUCAGACCUGUCCGUGGACCUGGGCGACUGCAUGGCUGCUCUGGAUCUCUUCCUGCAGAACCAGUUUGAGGAAGCUCUUUCCAGGCUGCAGAGCAGGAUCAAGGACAGCAUGUAUCACGCCCUCACCCAUGCCACCAUCCUGGAGAUGCAGGCCAUGAUGACCUUCAGCCCGGAAGACAUACUGGAAGCUGGCAAUACCAUGAAGGAUGCCCAGGCAGUUUGCCAGAGGUACCGCAGAAAGUCGUCCUUCAAUAGUUUGGGGGGCAAAAACUUCACAGAAGAUGAACUGCAUGCUGAGUUGUGCUAUGCAGAGUGUCUCCUGCAGAGGGCAGCCCUAACCUUUCUUCAGGAUGAAAACAUGAUUAGUUUCAUUAAAGGGGGGAUCAAGGUCAGAAACAGCUACCAGACUUACAAGGAGCUUGACGCAGUGCUGCAGUCCCCUGGAUACAUGCAGGGCAACAGCCACACUCACUUUGAAGCUGGGGUCAAGCUUGGCAUGGGAUCCUUCAACCUGAUGCUCUCCCUGCUGCCCAGCAGGAUCCUUCGGCUGCUGGAGUUUGUGGGGUUUUCCGGCAACAAGGAGCUGGGCUUGCAGCAGCUAGAAGAGGGGGCCUCAACAGACACCUUCCGGGCCUUUCUAUGUAACAUGCUUCUGCUCUGCUACCACACCUUCAUGAGCUUCAUCUUGGGAACGGGAGAGGGUGACAUGAACGACGCAGAGAGACUGCUGCAGCAUUACCUGAAUCGCUAUCCUAAGGGAGCCAUUUUCCUGUUUUUCGCUGGUCGAAUUGAGGUCAUUAAGGGAAACUUAGAUGCUGCCAUCAGCCGCUUCCAGGAGUGCUGCGAGGUCCAGCAGCAAUGGAAGCAUUUUCACCACAUGUGCUACUGGGAGCUGAUGUGGUGCUUCACCUACAAGCGGCACUGGAAGAUGGCCUACUUGUACGCCGACCUCCUGAGCAAGGAGAACAAGUGGUCCAAGGCCACGUACGCCUACAUGAAGGCUUCCUACCUCAGCAUGCUCAGCCAGGAAGAGAGGGCACCGUUUGGGGAGAAGGAGGAGGACCUCUUCAGGCAGGUGCCCCGACUGAAGCAGAAGAUUGCCGGGAAAUCUCUGCCCACGGAGAAGUUCGCCAGCCGGAAAACCCAGCGGUACCAGGCCGAAAGGCCUCCCCCCCUUCCAGCGCCCCCACUGGAGAUGAUGUACAUCUGGAACGGCUACACGGUGAUCGGGAAAAGCAGGGAUCUGACGGAAGGGAUGCUGGACACCCUGAACGAGGCCCAGAGAAGACUGGAAGAGAACCCAAGGACAGAGUACUCUAUAGACGACCAGUGCGUAGUGAGCCUGCUGAAGGGCCUGUGUCUGCGACACCUGGGCCUGCUAGAAGAAGCUGAGCAUCACUUCAACCUGGUGCUCUGCAAUGAAAACCAAAUCAAAUUCGACCAUUACUUGGUUCCAACUGUGCUCCUGGAACACGCCCUCCUGUGCAUGGAGCAGGGGCGCAAGGAGGAGGCUGUGAAGCUUCUGGAGGCUGCAAAACAGAACUAUAAGAAUUACUCCAUGGAAUCUCGGACUCUCUUCCGAAUCCAGGCCGCGCUGCAGAAAGCUCGGGCCUCGCAGGAAAACGGACUUCCCUGAACCCUGUCUGUCCUGAGGGGCGGGGCUGCUCACAGGAAGUCAGGAGCCUGGACGCCCACGGCCAGAAUCACACCCUGAUUGGCUAUUAGGAAUCCAGCAAGACUCGCAUCCUCUUAUGUCUAAUUUUAGAUUUAUAACUGUGAUUUCAUUGCUUUUUAUAUCAACUCAAAAGAAAUGACAAGAUUGAUGCUUAGAAACAAAACCACACCUCGUCACAUAGAUACCCCGCGAAUGACACUGAGGAAAGUUCUGGAAAUGCCAUUAAUAUACACAUCCAGUCAUUAGUGUUUGGUGACGGCAAGACAAGAGGGUCACCAGCACUUUACUUGCCACUGGGAAACCAGUAAACUGAAUAUGAUGACAGCUUCUCAGGGGCUCGGUCUCAUGGACAGUUGGGCCCUGUGUUUGGUUGUGACACUCUCCUUACUUAAAGUUAUAAACCAGUCGUAUCACAUAGUAGCAGUGUAAUUUUCUUCCAGGGUCAACUGGAAUGCUUAUUUUUUGCAUACCUCUUUUAAAUAGCAAGAAGUAUUAAUUAAAUUACGCUAACCCAAGAGAGAUGUUAAAUUAGUUAGCACAAUUACUUGAAAACUUAAAUGCAUUUUUUGCGAUCUAUUUAAAAAAUUUUUUUAUGGAUUUCAAAUUACAACAGAGGUACAACGGUUGUUAUCAUCAUUGCUAAGAUUUAGCCUGUAGAUGGGAGUUCAGCCUGUAGAUCAGCGUUAAACGCCCUAACUCGGAAAUGCGCAGUUAUUAGAAGAUUUAUGAACAUGCGCAAUUAUUAGAAGACUUGUGUGUAAUUGGCGAUUGAGUGAGCUGUGUGUGCUGGGGCCAGUGCAGUCACUGUAAAUUCUGUGCGGUUUAUGUAGGUUUUUAAGUUAUGUGGUUUAAUUACGGAGAUAAGAGAAUAUGGAGUAAUCUGACUCAUGUCUGUUAUGUGUUUUAAGGGGUUAAGAAAUAGUUGUAAUUUAUUUUGGGUUUUGGAUUACACUGUAGAAAGAACUGAUUAAAAUGUAAUUAAAAUACAGGUUAUAUACAUGCGUGGUCUCUACUUGCUGUGCAUGAGGCUGGUAAUGUAAUUUAAAUGUUACAUUUUUAAAUAAAGACGGUACUAUUACUAUUA